AUGACGGAAAGGCCAGUGCCACAGCCUGGCCCAGCCAAGCUGAAGCGAAAUGCAGGCCCCGAUGAGUGGCUGGAGGCAGCCAAGGACUGCAAAUACCUGUCGGAGCAUCAUAUGAAACAGCUGUGCGAGAUCGUCAAGGAGUACAUGAUGGAAGAGUCGAAUAUCCAGCCCGUGUCCACACCCGUCACGAUAUGUGGAGACAUCCACGGACAGUUCUACGAUCUCCUCGAGCUGUUCCGCGUCGCUGGCGGAAUGCCCAACGAGACCAAUGUCGAGCCCCCUACCACGGCUCCCUCGGUGAUCACAUCGGAGGAUAUCGAGCCGCCUACGACGAUUUCCGAUCCCAAGCUCCGGAAGAAGCUGAGAAAUGCUAAUAGUCCCUCCGACGGUGAUGAUGACGCAGAUUCCAGCAGCGGGAGAGAGCGGUCGUCUAGUGGAUCUUUGCGGGGGACUGAUCUCCCGCCGGGAAAUUUUGUUUUCCUUGGGGAUUAUGUCGACCGAGGCUAUUUCAGUUUGGAGACGUUGACGUUGUUGCUGUGUCUGAAGGCGAAGUACCCAGAUCGAAUCACGUUGGUGCGUGGGAAUCACGAGUCGCGCCAGAUUACGCAAGUGUACGGGUUUUAUGAGGAGUGCUUCCAGAAAUACGGCAAUGCCUCCGUUUGGAAGGCGUGCUGCCAGGUGUUUGACUUUAUGACGCUAGGCGCCAUUAUCGACGGAAAGGUUCUGUGUGUGCAUGGAGGGUUGAGUCCGGAGAUCAGGACGCUGGACCAGGUGCGCGUCGUAGCACGGGCGCAAGAGAUUCCUCAUGAAGGUGCCUUCUGUGACUUGGUGUGGUCCGAUCCGGAGGACGUGGAGACCUGGGCUGUCAGUCCUAGAGGAGCUGGCUGGCUGUUUGGAGACAAGGUUGCCGAAGAGUUUUGCCAUGUCAACGAUCUGACGUUGAUUGCCCGAGCGCACCAGCUGGUUAAUGAGGGCUACAAGUACCAUUUUGAGAAGCAGAACGUGGUGACGGUGUGGAGCGCCCCGAACUACUGCUACCGAUGCGGGAACCUGGCCUCGGUGUGCGAAGUGCGUGAAGAUCUCAAGCCGACGUUCAAGCUGUUCAGCGCGGUCAGUGACGACCAGCGACACGUGCCCGUGUCGAGACCCGGACGGGGCGAGUAUUUCCUGUAG